AUGAACGCUCUCCUCCUCCCUCCGCCCUUAUCCACCACCAACCGCUUCCUCCGCCACCGCAACCGUUACCAACCACUGUCACAACCACUCUCCUCGACGGCCUUUUACGUCAACAACUCAUCUCUCCGUUUAUCUUCUUCUUCCUCCUUAUCUGAAGAUGAUACAAUUACACAAGCCGACGUCGUUUCUCUCUACCCCCACCGCCGUUACGAUUUCUCACCUCUCCUUCAGUUUCUCUCCACCUACAACUCCGACUCCGACUCUGCCUCAUCCAACUCACCCGCCUCACUCGACCAGGCCGAGUUACGGCUUGCUGAGUCAUACCGAGUUGUCCCAGCUCCGCUAUGGCACGCCCUUCUCAAAUCCCUAACAUCUUCACCUUCUUCAAAAUCCUCAUUCUCGAUCGGCUAUGCACUCGUUACGUGGCUCCAGAAGCAUAAUCUCUGUUUCUCAUAUGAAUUGCUCUACUCGAUAUUAAUCCACGCGCUCGGACGCUCCGAGAAGCUAUAUGAAGCUUUCUUAUUAGCUCAGAGACAAACAUUAACUCCAUUAACCUAUAAUGCCCUAAUUGGUGCAUGUGCGCGUAACGAUGAACUGGAGAAAGCUAUAAAUUUGAUGAACAGGAUGCGACGGGAGGGUUACCAGUCAGAUUUUGUGAAUUACAGUUUAAUUAUUCAGUCUUUAGUUCGUAGUAAUAAGAUCGAUUCGGGGAUUUUGGAGAAAUUGUAUGAUGAAAUGAUAUCGGAUGCUAUCGAGCUAGAUUGGCAAUUGUUGAAUGAUAUAGUUUUAGGGUUUGCUAAAUCAGGUGAUGUUGAUAGAGCUAUGUACUUUUUAGGUGUAAUUCAAGGGAAAGGGAUGAAUCCCAGGACUUCAACUAUGGUUUCGCUGAUUUCCGAAUUGGGGAAUUUGGGAAGAGCGGAGGAGGCUGAGGCAGUUUUUGAAGAAAUCAAAGAAGGUGAAUUGAAACCCAGAACUAGAGCUUACAAUGCUGUAUUAAAGGGGUAUGUGAAAAAUGGUAGUUUGAAAGAUGCAGAGUGGAUAGUGAGUGAAAUGGAGAAGAAUGGGGUUUUGCCAGAUGAACAUACUUACAGUCUUUUGAUCGAUGCUUAUGGGAACGCAGGUAGAUGGGAGAGUGCACGAAUUGUGCUGAAAGAGAUGGAAUCUAACGAUGUGAAGCCAAAUUCAUUUGUUUUUAGUAGGAUUUUAGCUAGUUAUCGUGAUCGAGGGGAGUGGCAGAAAUCAUUUAAAGUAUUAAAAGAGAUGCAGAGUUGUGGAGUUAAACCAGAUAGACAGUUCUAUAAUGUUAUGAUCGAUACUUUUGGAAAGAAAAACAUUCUUGAUCAUGUAAUGGCGACAGUGGAGAGGAUGAAAGUUGAAGGGAUUGAGCCUGAUACUGUUACUUGGAAUACACUUAUAGAUUGCCAUUGUAAAUCUGGGCAGCAUGAGAAAGCAGAGAAGCUGUUCGAUGAAAUGCAGCAAAGUGGGUGUUUGCCUUGUGAGACCACUUAUAAUAUAAUGAUCAACUUGUUUGGGCAGCAAGAGAAAUGGGAGAAAGUAAAGAGCUUGUUGGGGAAGAUGCAAAGUGACGGUUUGCUACCUAAUAUUGUCACUUAUACUACACUGGUUGACGUAUAUGGGAAGUCGGGGAGGUACAAUGAUGCUAUCGAGUGCUUGGAGGUGAUGAAGUCUGCUGGUUUGAAGCCAUCGUUAACCAUGUAUAAUGCGUUGAUUAAUGCCUAUGCACAAAGGGGUCUAUCGAAUCAAGCAGCUAAUACAUUUAAGAUCAUGACCGGUGAUGGUCUGAAGCCGAGUAAUUUAGCUCUCAAUGCAUUAAUCAACGCUUUUAGCGAAGAUAAAAGAGACGUUGAAGCCUUUGCAGUUUUACAAUACAUGAAGGAAAAUGGCCUGAAAGCGGAUGUCGUCACAUACACUACUCUUAUGAAAGCUUUAAUUCGCGUGGAGAAAUUUAGCGAGGUUCCACGUGUUUAUGAGGAAAUGGUAUUAUCGGGGUGCACCCCAGACGGGAAAGCCAGGGCUACAUUAAGAUCAGCCCUGAGGUAUAUGAGACGGACGCUGGAUUCAUAGCACAAACCACUUAACCAAUCAAAACUACUCGGUUAACCACCACAAACCGCCCGGCUUAACCACCAGUGUCAACCACAGCACAAAUGAGGCAUUCUAUAAAUUCAAAGCAUUCUGUACGUCAUGAUCGUUGUCCAUGCCAACUCCAAGUUGAUGUUAAGCCACGGGUCGAUAAAUUGACUCAAAUGGAUCGAAAUAUAUUGAAGAUGCUCACUCCCUGUUGCUCAAACGAACCAUAAUGCAUAUGGGGUUUGCUUACUUUCGUGUUACAUUUGCACAUAUCUCGGGUUUUCCUGUAAUCAUGCAAAUUCACACCGUAAUGUAUAAUUCAUGAAUAGUAUGGUUGUACGGGAAGUUUUGUGGCUCGGACAUAAGACCAAUUGUUAAUUUUUCGUCUUCUGGUUUUUGUCUACACGAUCCUAAAUCGAAUCAACGUGUUGGGAACUUGGGAUGGGUUGUAG